AAAACACCACCAGCUAUGCAUUGAGCAACAAAAGGCCCGACAUAGGCAGCAAUGCAAUAUUUGUUCGGGGCGUGUCUUUAGAAAGUGCACUCAGCAACUUUGUGCUGGAGAUUCAGUGCGACUUACUUUUCAUAAACUGUUUGGAUGAGAUGGCUUCUAUUCAGAGAAAAAUCCCAUAUACACCUAAAGCCCCUAUUAGACAAGGCAUAUACAGCCAGGCUGUUUUGGUGGACCGUACGAUGUACAUCUCAGGACAGAUCGGCAUGGACGUUGGUGGACAGUUGGUGACGGGAGGAGUGCAGGCUCAGGCCAAGCAGGCACUCAUUAACAUGGGGGAGAUUCUGAAAGCUGCUGGAUGUGGAUAUGAAAAUGUUGUCAAAACCACAGUGUUGUUGGCAGACAUUAAUGACUUCAAUAACGUCAAUGAUGUUUACAAGCAGUUUUUCAAGAGCAAUUUCCCAGCUAGAGCUGCCUAUCAAGUAGCUGCCCUGCCCAGGGGGGGACUUGUUGAGAUUGAAGCGAUCGCUGUGUUGGGGCCCAUCACAGAUGCUUCCUGACUAUAUGAACCCAGCAUGCAUCACAAAUUGUAAAUACAGUUAUACGGAGACAAACCACAUCCCAGAUUACAAAAUCAAUCAGACUUUUAACCUCCCAUUAAACUGAUAACAGUGAAGUCACCAAGUCUGUUGCCCACUUUGCUAAUACAAAUAUGCUAUUGAAAGUUUACAACUUACUGUUGAUCUCUCAUCAUUAUAUAUUCUGUAAUAGCAACUCAUUAAUUCAAAACCCAGUUCAAUUCAACUUUAUUUUUAAACUUGUCAUUAUCACAUUAAAUGAAACCACACCACAAAAAGUUAAAUCUGUCGUGUUUGUUGCAAGAAAACAUUAGCAUACAAUAAAUAAAACCAAAAUGCCUGUUUUUCAAA